GUACAGAAAUAUUUAUUAUAAUAAUUAUUAAUUAUCUACCGUAAUUCACCGUAAUUUUUUAUGUUUUGAGUUGAUACUAGUUGCACUAGUUAUUUACUUUACACCAAUCAAUUAUGUUUUUUAAAAUUAUUUAGUUUAUUUUUCAACAGUCAACACGUAUUUUACAUAUAGAUAAUUUAAAAUAAAUUUGGUGCACUAUGUUAUAUGGCAAAUAUUUUUCUUUAUGUGUCUUAAGCUGUUUAUUAUUUUUAAAAUCUACAACUGUAUAUGGAUUUAUAGAUCCAAUUACAGGAGCUUUAGCUGUAGGAGCUUUUGUGUCAGGAUACUUUAUAACUAAAUCAAACUUUCGUCCUACAAUUCCCAACUUAUAUUAUUUUUAUGGUGGAUGUCCUAAUACAUUUGAUAUUAAAGAAUUAGAACGUGCCAUGGAAAAAAGUUUUUUUGGGCAACAUAUUGCAACAAAAAUUGUAUUAUCUGCUUUGGCAGGUAAUUUAUAUCGUAGCAAAAGUAACAAAAAACCAUUAGUAAUGUGUUUUCAAGGUAGGACAGGUUCUGGUAAAAAUUUUUUAUCAGAGAUAAUUGUUAAUCAUAUGUUCAAUUCGGAUAAAGUAAAAGAAUUACGAUAUCAUAUUGUUCAUGGACGAUCUGAUUUUGUUUACCAAUCAAAGUUUAAUGUUUAUAAGGAAAAACUUUAUAAUGAUGUGAAAUCCGCAAUAAAAUCAUGUGGUACAAAUGUAUUUGUUUUUGAUGAAAUACAUUAUAUACCUAUGGGUAUAUUAGACAUUUUAAUACCUAUUCUUGAAAACAAUGAUAUGUCAGUUGAUUCUAGGAAUUCAAUUUUUAUAUUUUUAACUAAUGCAGGCGCUGAUGCAAUUGUGACUAAAUACUUAGAUCUUUGGAAUAACGGAAUUUCCAGAGAGUCCAUGAAAAUUCAAGAUUUUGAUACUAUUUUACAAAAAUCUGUUUUCAAUGAAGAAGGAGGGUUGAUGAAAAGUGAAAUAAUAGAUUCCCAUAUUAUUGAUUAUUAUGUUCCAUUUUUACCACUCGAAAAAAUUCAUGUCGUAAAAUGUAUUGAGGCAGAGUUUAAAAACUUAAAAAAACAUUUGGAUGCCAAAACUAAGAGUGAAAUAUUGCAGAUGAUUACGUUUGGUCCUGAGCCUUAUAACUUAUUUUCUAAUUCUGGUUGUAAAAGAAUUAAUCAUUUUGUUGCAUCUCAAACAAUCAAAUUCUAAUUUGGUUUGAUAUUUUUAAUGUAUAUUGUGAGUGUUCUUGUACAUACACUUUUGGAAAAAAACCAAUCUGAAAAUAAGUAUUGAAAUAUAUUUUUUAAAUUUUUUAUAA